AUUCGUUGGAGUAAAGGUUUCGUCCUCCCCUCACGUCUACUUCACUACCUUUGUUCGGUGUUUUUGUCCUGUUUAGGGUUUGGUCUUUCUCCAUUUGGCGGCGAAAUGGCUACGUCGAAGACUUCAAUGAGGAAGCCGGUGUUCGUGAAGGUGGAUCAGUUGAAGCCGGGAACGAGUGGGCACACGCUUACGGUGAAGGUGCUUGAGUCGAAGACUGUGCUUCAGAAGGGCCGAGCGGCAUCGGCGCACCUCCGGCAGACGAAGAUUGCCGAAUGCCUUGUCGGGGACGAGACGGGAACGAUCGUAUUCACAGCCCGAAACGAGCAGGUUGACAUGAUGAAGCCUAAUGCAACAGUUGUUGUCCGCAAUGCGAAAAUUGAUAUGUUUAAGGGAUCAAUGAGGCUGGCUGUCGACAAAUGGGGACGCGUUGAGGUCACCGAACCUGCCAGCUUCACCAUUAACAAGGAUAACAACUUAUCCUUGGUGGAGUACGAGUUGGUUAAUGUCGAACUCGAAGAGUGAACUCAGUCCUAUGUUAAAUAAAUCUAUAUGGAUGGAGGGAGCUUCAAAACCCCCCUUUUUUUCCUUCUUUCGGCUUCAAGUCUUGCUUGUCUGUCAACAAGGUAAAACUUGAACAAUGGAAGCAGCUUCUUUUAUACAAAUAGCUUUAGAUUACCUUCAUCUGUCACUUAGUAUGGAUUGUGGUGGGUUGUAAAUGAACUAAUUACUCAGUUACUUCAAUAUAUUGGCUAUAAAUUAGAAUUUA